AGAGAAAUCAUGGAAGGAGAGGUGAACGAAGAAACACCUCUGAAUCACUGGGAACAACCUAGAAAACAUCGGUCCCUAACACCAGUCGUUGCCUUCAGUUCAUUAGUUGCUCUCUGUGGUUCCGUGAAUAUAGGAUAUGCUUCAGCAUUCUCGUCACCUUCUGAAUCAGGAAAGGAGGAUUUGGGACUCUCUGUUGCGCAAUACUCCUUUUUCGGCUCAAUAUUUACAAUAGGGGGAGUGUUUGGUGCACUCAUCAAUGGGAAAUUAGCUGAUUUCGUUGGCCGAAGAGGUGCGCUGUGGCUGGCUGAUGUUUUCAGCGUAGCUGGGUGGAUUGCCGUAGUUCUUGCAAAGAAUGCUUUCUGGUUGGACCUUGGCAGGCUGCUUUUGGGCUUUUCAAUUGGGAUUGUAACUUUCGUGGUGCCCAUGUAUAUUGCAGAAAUAUCGACCAAGGAGAGCAGGGGACAGUUCACAUCAGCAAAUCAGUUGCUGAUAUGCUCUGGAAUUUCUCUGGUAUAUAUCAUCGGCAUCCUUAUUAACUGGCGCAUUUUGGCUCUUCUGGGUUUAAUUCCUAGUCUACUACAAGCUGUUGGACUAUUUUUCAUUCCAGAAUCUCCUAGAUGGAUGGCAAAGGCUGGUCGCGAAAAAGAUGCUGAAGCUUCACUGCAACGUCUUAGAGGCAAAAAUGCUGAUGUUAGUCAAGAAGCUGCCGAUAUCAGAAAUUUCAUAGAAACUACGGGACAACAAUCAGAAGGGAGUAUUUUUGAAAUAUUUCAGAGAAGAUAUGCCCGUGUAUUAGUUAUUGGGGUUGGUUUGAUGUCACUGCAAAAUUUUGGGGGCGCAAAUGCAAUUUCAUAUUAUGUAAGUUCCAUAUUUGAAGAAGCCGGAUUUUCAAGUGCCAUUGGAACCGUAGCAGUGGCCAUUGUAGAAAUUCCAGCUGUUCUUGUGAGUGUAAUCUUAGCUGAUAAAUUUGGAAGACGACCUCUUCUAAUGUUGUCUGCUGCUGGAAUGUGUUUGAGCUGCUUUCUCACUGGUUUGUCAUUUGCUUUGAGGCAGGAAGCUCAUUUAUUCAGCAAGCUUGCUCCAAUUUUGGUGCUCAUUGGGAUAUUGGGAUAUAGUGUAGCUUAUCCACUGGGUGCGGCAGGAAUGCCAUGGGUGGUAGUGUCAGAGAUAUAUCCAAUAAAUAUUAAAGGUUCAGCGGGAAGCCUGGUAACGGUGACCAACUUUUUAUGUUCAUGGAUAGUGACGUACACUUGCAACUUCAUGAUGGAAUGGAGCGAAUCAGGAACGUUUUUCAUAUACACCAUUUUUUCUGGUUCACUGCUCCUGUUCGUCACAAUGCUGGUGCCAGAGACCAAGGGUCGAAGUUUGGAGCAAAUCCAUGCAUCACUCACCCAUCAUCCAUUCUAAAUCUCUUCAAACCUUGUUAAUUCCCAAAAAAUUCUGCUUUCAGACACCAUUGUUCUUGCAUGAUUGAGUUGUGCUUAUGGGUGUCUAGCAUCAUUUCGAGAUAUCUAGUACAGUACUUGCAGC